AUGUCUCUAGUAUACAAAUGUGUAAUUGCCGGCUUAGUAAGAUACUGGCUUAUUCACAUAGACUAUUGGCAGACAAUAGCUAAUAGAGUGGAAAUAGCUACUCCUUUAAAUUCCUGGAAGAGAUUAAUUGAAGGUGUUUACUUGUACGACAAUAACAUCAAUCCUUAUGAAGGUGACUCUUUUCACGAAUCACCAUUGAUGUUGCUAUUCUUCCACUUUGUAAUGAAAAAAACUCCGUACAUACUGCCACUUCUAUUUACAAUUUUUGACUUAACUACUGGUCUUCUAUUAUACAAAACAUCGAAAUCGUUUGCGCAGAUGUUUAAAGAGUCACAAGAUAAAGUUAAAGAUGAUAUAAAUGCAGAUUCUAAAUCCAUGCUCCUAAGUAAUUCAAAAUUAAAUGAAGCACCUGAAUAUGUUCUGUCUGUAUACCUGUUUAAUCCGUACUCUGUACUAAACUGCGCUGGCAUGACAACUACAGUCAUUCAGAACUUAUUAGUUGCGGCAUCAUUAUGGGGAGCCUCAAGUGGUUACAGAAUAUUGGCUUGUGCAUUCAUUGCCCUUGCUACACAUCAAGCCUUAUAUCCAGUUCUGCUUAUAGUUCCUAUUGCAAUAUUAUUAGCAGAUAUAAAUAAAGGAUGUAAUAAGUGUUCAUACAUAAGAACUUUAUUAGUUUUUGUACUAUGUUGGGGAUUCUUGAUAUAUUUUUCAGCAUAUAUAAUGGAUGGAUCAUAUAAAUAUGUAUACAAUACUUAUGGAUUUAUAUUAGCAGUGCCAGAUCUAAAGCCAAACAUUGGUCUAUUCUGGUAUUUCUUCACUGAAAUGUUUGAACAUUUUAGGCUACUGUUUGUAUGUGCAUUCCAGAUAAAUGCAUUAGUACUAUAUAUUGUUCCAUUAACCCUGAGGUUUAAGAAAGAGCCUGUCCUUCUGGCCACAGUGUUGAUAGCAUUGUCAGCCAUAUUUAGAUCUUAUCCUUGUGUGGGUGAUGUUGGAUUUUAUUUGUCUCUAUUGCCUAUGUGGAAGCAUUUAUUUACAUUUAUGCAACAGAAGUUCAUCGUGGGAUGUGCAUUUAUCAUAACAUCAGCACUUGGACCGACAGUAUGGCAUCUAUGGAUUUAUUCUGGUUCAGCAAAUGCUAACUUUUUCUUUGGAGUAACCCUUUCAUUUGCAACUGCGCAAAUUUUCCUAGUAACGGACUUAUUGUUUGCUUAUAUAAAAAGGGAGUUUACACUUAAAAAUGGAUCAUCUCGUCAGAUAGAUGGAAAACCUGCAAAAUUAGUUUUACGAUAA